AUGAUGUCUGGUCUCGUGAGGAGUAUGAGUGCUACGACGGUGACACUGGUGUUCUGUUGCUGGGCGCUGAUGUGCACGGGUGCUUCUCUGACGGGACGCUGCAAGGUCAAACGUCACACGCACAAGGCUAUGCAGACAGACCUCAAUGGAAGACGGUGCUGGGAUGAUGUCAAGAUCACUGGCUGUGGAGGAUACUGUCUUUCUUAUGAGAUUUCCGACUGGCAGUUUCCGUACAAACAGUCCCAUCACCCUGUGUGCGUGCAUGGGGACCGUAAGCACGCUUCAGUGAAACUGCGUCACUGCGACCCCGGGGUACAACCCGGUACUGAUAUUUACCACUACGUUGAAGCUACCUCCUGCAGAUGUCAGGCAUGUUCAUCGGAGGAUACUAGUUGCGAGUGGCUACCCCCUGACUCUUCACUUCUUGGAGGACUAGUUCUCAGGGAGGAAAUAGAAGAAGAGUUGGAACAAAAUAGUUUUUAA